AUGGCGAGUAAGCGGACCAACGUGCUGGUCUACUCCGGCAACGGUAGCACCGUCGAGAGCGUGCGCCAUUGCAUGUGGAGUCUGCGACGGCUACUCUCGCCCAACUACGCCGUGAUUCCUGUCGACGGCAACGCCAUCAUCAACGAGCCAUGGACUGCAUCGUGCGCGCUGCUCGUGAUUCCCGGCGGCGCCGACCUGGGCUACUGCCGCACCCUCAACGGCGAGGGCAACCGGCGCAUCAGCCAGUAUGUCAACCGCGGCGGCAACUACCUCGGCUUCUGCGCCGGCGGCUACUAUGGCUGCAAGCACUGCGAGUUUGAAGUCGGCGACAAGAAGAUGGAGGUCGUUGGCGACAGAGAGCUUGGCUUUUACCCGGGCGUCUGCCGCGGCCUGGCCUUCCCUGGCUUCGUCUACCACAGCGAGGCGGGCACACGUGCCGUCGAGCUGAAGGUGAACAAAGAGGCUCUCAUGGCCGGCGGAGGUGCCGUGCCUGAAUCUUUCCGCACCUACUACAACGGCGGCGGUGUCUUCGUCGAUGCCGAAAAACUCAAGGAUCGCGGCGUUGAGACCCUUGCGAGCUACACAGACAAGCUACAUGUUGAUUCCGGAGAAGGUACUGCGGCGGUUGUGUAUCGCAAGGUCGGCGAAGGUGGCGUCAUCCUGACUGGACCUCAUCCAGAAUUCGCCGCCGUGAACCUCAGCAAAGGCGAGGAUAUCCCCGGCUACGACAAGAUCGUCGACGCGCUGGCUCAAGAUGACAAGCAGAGGACCGAUUUCCUCAAGGCUUGCCUGAUCAAGUUGGGGCUGCAGGUCAACCAGGAAGCUCAAGUGGUACCGUCCCUCUCCCGCCUCCAUCUCACUUCCUCCAACCCCUCCGACGUGGCAGAGCUGGUGUCCUCAUGGUCCGACAUCAUCACCGUAGAAAAGGGGGAGGAGCACAUCAAGGGCGAGAACGACACAUUCCAUCUAGAGAAGCCGUCAUCAUGGUCCAUGAGCACUCUCGCCAAAGCCGUCACUUCCAUCAUCCCCGGCGCAUCAGCAGCAGAAGAGGAGGAAGAGAAGGGCAGCGGCGCAUCACCGGAGGGCAAGACUGACGCCAGCUCCACGGCUGACAGAAUCCUCGACUAUGACGCCGUCGUCAAGCGCCUCGUGCCGCACGAGACGGACCGGCCCUCGAGCAAAGCCACGCCCUACUGGAACCACGACGCCUUCUACGCCAACCUCGCGGCGUACCACUCGCGCACGCGCGACACGGCCGGCGCCUUCGGCCGCUACCUGCUCUACGGCGAAGUCGUCACCAGCACCAACACGCUCCUCGAGAAGAACCCCCGCCUCCUCAAGCACCUCCCGUCCGGCCUCACCGCGACGGCGACGACCCAGAUCGCCGGCCGCGGCCGCGGCUCCAACGUCUGGGUCAGCCCGCCCGGCUCCCUCAUGUACAGCACCGUCCUGCGGCACUCGGUCGCGCUCUCGCAGUCCGCCCCCGUCGUCUUCAUCCAGUACCUCGCCGCGCUCGCCACCGUCGCGGGCGUGCACUCGUACGACGCCGGCUACGCCUCGCUCCCCGUGCGCCUCAAGUGGCCCAACGACAUCUACGCCCUGAGCCCGGACUCGGCCGCCUUCAAAGCCGGCGGCACCCACACAUCCACGGACCCGAACGACUUCGUCAAGAUCGGCGGCGUCCUCGUCAACUCGAGCUACCAGGGCGCCGAGUACACGCUGGUCGCCGGCGUGGGCGUCAACGUCGCCAACGCGGCGCCGACGACGUCGCUGGACGCGCUCGCCCGCGCCCGCGGCCUGCCCGCCUUCCGCGCCGAGAAGCUGCUCGCGAGCGUGCUGGCGCGGUUCGAGGAGCUGUAUCGCCGGUUUUGCCGCGGCGGGUGGGACGAGGACUUGGAGCGGAUGUAUUACGGCUUGUGGCUGCAUGAGGGGCAGGUGGUGACGCUGGAGCAGGAGGGCGGCGUGAGGGCGAGGGUUAAAGGGAUCACGAGGGACUGGGGCUUGUUGGUGGCGGAGGAGCUGGGGUGGGAGGAUAGGGGGACGGGGAAGGUGUGGCAGUUGCAGAGUGAUAGUAAUAGUUUUGAUUUCUUCAAGGGGUUGUUGAGGAAGAAGUUGUAG